CCUUUUACAUCACGGCCAUCGCAGCACACGAUACUGGAAGUGAACGCAUCGAACGGGAAGGUGAUGCGGCGCUGUUUCGCCCUAAGCUUGGCUCUCGCAACUAGCGUGGAAGGUUUUCUUCCUGCGCCUGGUGUGAGCUCGUUCGUCAGCAAAUCAGGUUCUUACGGCACGGGAUUAAACAAUGAGCGCUCUGGGUUGCCAGCUGCGCGCCAGAGAGCGGCCAUGAGCGCUGACGGGGGGAAGGUCUUGGUGACGGGCUUUUUAAACUCCAAGCAGCGCACGGACCAGUUUGUGUUCGAUAUCUUGCAGGCGCAAGGCCGGUGGGAGAAGAUUGUCGCGUUUUCCGAUAGCGUCGCGUUUGCCAAGAAGCGAUUGGUGAGCCGCAAGUCUCGCUACAGCGGACUCUUGGAUGUGUUGGAGUUCGAGGAGGGAGAUAGGUACGACGCAGCAACCAUGGAGGAAAAGCUCAAGGGGAUCUCGGCAUGGUUGUGUUUCGACUGCGAAGGCGACAAGAUCAAGGAGUCGGUCGAGUUCGCCAAAAAGGCUGGCGUGAAGAGCAUGGUGAUUUCGUCCACCGUCUCUGCGGCCGACGCGUCCAGUGCAGGAGUGGAGGACGCCUUGAAGGAUUCUGGGCUAGAAUACACGUUCAUUCGUGUCGGCGAGGUCGUGGAGGGUAAGGAGGGCGGGUCGGUCACGGUGGGGAAUGUCACGGACGAGCUUCCCGUGGAGCAAGUGGUACGCGACGACAUUGUCCGUCUUAGCGCGGAGGCGUUCAUGAUGGAGAACGCCACUAACACGGCUUUUGCCUUCGGCAAGGGCGAUGAUAUCGCUCUCGCGUACCUCAAGGAGUUGCGUCAAAAUGGAACUGAUCGCCGAACUGAAAUGAGCACGCUCAUUUCCGGCGGCUUUCUAGAGUACCAAGCAAUGAAGGAGGCCGAGGAGGCGGAGAAGAAUAAGCCUCCACCGUCGAAGGAAGAGCUGGAGGCGCGGGAGAAGGCGUUCCAAGAAGAGAGGGAGGCAGAGUACGCCGCGAUAAGGGAGCAGAACGCCAUCAAGCGACAGGAGGAUGACAUCAAGCUGGUCGAAAAAGAAGCCAGGGAGUUCCUGGAGAAGGAGUGGAACGCCCAGUUUUGGUCCCGCACAACUAGCUUGACGGAGGAAGAGUAUUUCGAGGACGAAGACAACUGGGAUCGUGCGAUGAAACACGGGUACGACGUGGUGAACACUGCUCGAGGCUUUCCUCCCAAGUACAAGAAGGAACUUGAGGGGGAGGAGGAGGCAGAGGACGACGAUGACGAUGAGGACGACGAGGAGGAUGAGCCAAAGGAAGCAGACACAACCACUUCUUCCGAGGACAACGCCGUCAGUGUUACCAAGCCCACCAAGUCGGGGUCAAAAACUGACGUGGAGGUGUCCAAGGAAAUCACCGCCGAAUCCAAGGACGAGGAGUCGGACGGUCCAGCCGAAUCUCCAAAAGCAAAGUUGGAUUAGUGGCGCGUAUUCGUUUCUAUAUGCUUGGCUAGGGAAAUGAGAGUAUUGUCAUGAGCAUCAUUGCACACAGGAUUGAAUACGUGUCUUCGUCAGUUGAGGUGUUUCAAUGCACGUUGUGGUUCCGGUGCCGAGUCCUCACAUCGUACGAUCCUGCCAAAGGUAUCUACAUUUUGUUGUGAAUUGCUGUCGCGCUGCGAUUUCAACGUAGUUGAGUGGUGACUCCCGACCUUAGACAGACAGAGCGCUGUCGCGGCCGUUUGCGUGUGUCUUGAACAGUCAUUCAUUAUUCGCAUUUCAACUGUAGUCGCAAUCACCACGUACGGCUUGGGAAGCCGAAAGGAUGCGGUGACAAAUGAUAUGCGGACCUCGCAAUACCUCGGUGCUUCAGUUCAAACUUGCCAAAGUUUGGACACGAGGGUUCGGAUCUUGGCACAGUCACGCGAAUGUGUUCGUGUGUGUGUGUGUGUGU